CUGACAUUCUGGAAGGCUUUUUUCGCAUUCAGGAACUAAUCUACUCUCGCUAAUCUUACUCUACGCGUCUUGCGGUCAAUUGGUGACCAUGGUCUACUAUAUCCGAUUUCUCAAAACUCCCCGAAUCCAGAAACAAAAGGCCGCAUCUCUCACCAUCUCAGCUCUUAUUUGCAUCACCACGGAUUUGGGGGAUUCAUUCCUUGCUGAAGAUGUGGAAUUAUUUGCGACCCUAAGCGUCAAUCAGACGGAAAAAAUUCUGUAUCAGGAGAAAUUGAAAUGGACGGCAGGCAAACGAGAACUGCCCAUCUCAUUGGGACCGUUUCCUGCACAACUUUCCCAACACACCGUGGUCCUUGGAGUCAGUGCUUCUGAUCCUCGACAGCCGCAUUCAUCCUCAAUAGAUCAUCUACUGGGAAAGAAGGGUGUACAAGUACCGCUAGUAAUUUCAGGCUGGAGUGCACCCUUUGGAGGUUCGGAGGCAUUGGUGGCCGAAAAGCUGGUCGAAAGGCGCUUUGGCCCUAAGGACCGAUUGGAUCUGAAGAUAUGGGAGGAAACAGGAAACAGCAUUGCCCGGCACAUCUGGUGAGACACCAUAUCCCCCCGCCUCUUAUCUACAGUUCUAAAAACAGAUCGUGGUUGUUUUUCCCUCAGGGAUGCGGCCCUCGCAUCAGUCAUGUAUAUCCAGCAGGCAAUUCAAAGCGGCCCAGACACCGCGGGGCCAUUGCAGGGG